UUAGUAUUGAACGAAAACGUCUAGUUUCAUCAUCUCUAUUAAAGUCACAAAAUGAGCGCUAAAAAUAUUCCCCGUCGCCAGGCUAUACCUGUGCUCUACACCCGCGGUACCCACUAUGAUGUGGGUUUUGACAUGGGUCGCACAUUUGCAUCGAUGAUUAAAAACUUUUUGCUCUUAUCUUCGCCAUUAAUUGAAGUUUAUUUACCUCUGUAUGCUACAGAAAAAGGAAAGAAUGCUUAUAAUGAAACAUUGGAAAGCGUUAAGAAAUCAUUCCCUCAAUAUAUCAGAGAAUUGGAAGGUGUGGCAGACGGUGCCCAAGUAGAAUUCCACAAGUUAUUCCUAUUGCAUAUGGAUGAAAUUUUACCACAAAGCCUUAAAUACUUAAAUGCUGUGGACAAAAAACAACCCACCGGAUGUUCAACUAUUAUCUUGAAUGGUGAAAAAGAACGUGUUUUAGCUCACACCGAAGAUGCUCUAACAGAAACUUUAAAUCACUACUAUUUUGUGGUUGCUCACAUUAUUAAUGAUACACCACAGGGUAAAUACAAUGUUAAGGAGGAACGUUUCAUGUCCUUAUGUUAUGCCGGACAUUUGCCCGGAUACACAAUGAACUAUAAUCAUCACGGUUUGGUAUUUUCAAUCAACACUUUGUCAGCUGAAGUAUUGAGAAGUGGUAAAAUACCCCGUCACUUCCUUACAAGAGCUUUAUUGAGUGCAGAAAACUUCGACCAAGCUUUGGAUAUUUUAAAAGAUGCUGGAGUUGGUGCUGCUGAUGGUUGCUCCAUUAACAUUAAUUUCGUCAAUGAUCCCUCCAACUUGUGUUACAACAUUGAAAUGGCUCCGACUGUAGGCAAUACCAACGAAUCUCGUUUGGAUAUUAAGAAAAUGGCUAAAGGAGAACAUAAUUAUCAUACUAACCAAUAUGAACGUAUUGAGACUGAACAAGCUAAUCAAUUGCAAGUAGAUUCAAGUGUAUCUCGCAUGCAUACAUUCAGCACUUACAAGCCACCCCAAACUAAAAGCGAUGUUGUUGAAAUGUUGGGCGACUGCAGCGGCGGUGAACAUUGUGUUUUCCGUGAGGACGGUACCCUCGAGCAAUUGGUUAAGACAAUAUGCGUGGGCGUUUUCGAUUUAAAUGAAAAAACUGUUGCAUUGUACUCCGAUAAUCCACGUAAUAAUGAGCCACAAGUUGUAUUGCCAUUGAUAUUGAAAUAAUUGUUAGAAUUGCUUACAUACUUACAUAUAUUUAUUUUAUGUAUUUCUGUUUAUCAAAUGAAAUUAAACACUGUUGUAGUGAUAAAGUAUUAAUAUAAUUAAAAUUAA